UGCUUCCUGGCUUCACUCACAUGCACAGAGAAGGAAGAGCUGUAGAGUCUUAGCCGCACAUGGAGCAGCUCUGUCUAUUUUAAACCACACCGGAUUGGACUCAGGGAUAUUUUUAUAUCUCUUGUAGCGUGUGACAGAUUGUAUGUACAAAGCAGAGCCAGAGCAGAGUUUCUCUAUCUUUUUUUACCUUUUUAUUUUCGGAUUUUUAUCCAUCUGACUGUAGGUGAACGUGUGUGUGACAGAGAGAGAGACAGAGAGUGUGUGUGUGUUCGAGUGAGCCUGCAUGUGUGUGUGAGAGACAAAGAGGACCAGGAUGAUUGCAGCCCAGCUACUAGCCUAUUACUUCACUGAACUCAAGGAUGACCAGGUUAAAAAGAUCGAUAAGUACCUGUACUCCAUGCGUUUCUCUGAUGAGACGUUACUGGACAUCAUGCAGCGCUUUCGGAGGGAGCUGUCCAAAGGACUGGGUCGGGACACUAACCCCACUGCUGCUCUAAAGAUGCUGCCAACGUUUGUGCGAUCAAUCCCAGAUGGCUCAGAGAAAGGAGACUUCAUUGCGUUGGAUCUGGGAGGCAGUAACUUCAGGAUCCUCCAUGUCAGAGUGAGCCAUGAGAAGAAACAGACUGUUCAGAUGGAGAGUCAAAUCUACGACACGCCAGAGGACAUAAUUCACGGGGGUGGAACGAGGCUGUUCGACCAUGUGGCAGAGUGUCUCGGGGACUUCAUGGAAAAACACAACAUCAAAGACAAGAAACUCCCAGUUGGUUUUACCUUCUCCUUCCCCUGCAAGCAGACCAAACUAGAUGAGGGCUAUCUGAUAACAUGGACAAAGCGUUUCAAGGCUGGUGGAGUGGAGGGGAUGGAUGUUGUCAAGCUGCUCAACAAAGCUAUUAAGAAACGAGGAGACUAUGAAGCUGACAUCAUGGCUGUGGUAAAUGAUACAGUUGGAACGAUGAUGACCUGUGGUUUCGAUGAUCAACGCUGUGAAGUCGGCAUCAUCAUCGGUACCGGCACCAAUGCGUGCUACAUGGAGGAGCUGCGUCACAUUGAUCUGGUGGAGGGAGACGAGGGCAGGAUGUGUGUGAACACUGAGUGGGGAGCCUUUGGAGACGACGGCAGGCUGGAAGACAUCAGGACAGAGUUUGACAGAGAGAUAGACCGAGGCUCUCUCAACCCCGGCAAACAGCUAUUUGAGAAGAUGGUCAGUGGUAUGUACAUGGGGGAGCUGGUGCGUCUCAUUCUGGUGAAAAUGGCCAGAGAGGGCCUGCUGUUUGAGGGAAGGAUCACCCCUGAGCUGCUCACUAAAGGAAAGUUUGAGACCAAGCACGUCUCAGCCAUAGAGAAGAGUAAGGAAGGACUGACCAAAGCCAGAGAGAUUUUAACCAGACUCGGUGUGGAACCCUCGACUGAUGACUGCAUCGCUGUGCAGCAUGUUUGCACCAUUGUGUCUUUCCGCUCUGCCAACCUGAUAGCUGCCACCCUGGCUGCCAUCCUAAUGAGGCUAAAGGAGAACAAAGGUGUGUCACGACUCCGAACCACCGUAGGCAUCGAUGGCUCUCUCUACAAGAUGCACCCACAGUAUGCCCGUCGUCUUCAUAAGACAGUCCGUCGUUUGGUCCCGGACUCUGAUGUUCGAUUCCUCCUAUCGGAGAGCGGCAGUGGAAAGGGUGCUGCCAUGGUAACAGCUGUGGCCUAUAGACUCGCUGACCAAUCACGACAAAUCGCAGAAACACUGUCCGAAUUCCGCCUGACAACAGAACAGCUGCUGGAGGUAAAGAAGCGAAUGAGGGCAGAGAUUCAAAAUGGCCUUUCGAAGAGCACUCAGGACUGUGCUACUGUCAAAAUGCUGCCAACCUUUGUACGAAGCACUCCAGAUGGCACAGAGAAUGGAGAUUUCCUGGCCUUGGAUUUAGGAGGAACCAACUUCAGAGUUCUGCUGGUCAAGAUUCGUUCUGGCAAGAGGAGAACAGUGGAGAUGCACAACAAGAUCUACGCCAUUCCUCUAGAAGUGAUGCAGGGCACAGGAGAGGAGUUGUUUGAUCACAUUGUGCAGUGCAUCAGUGACUUCCUGGAUUACAUGGGGAUGAAGAACGCUCGUCUUCCCCUCGGCUUCACCUUCUCAUUCCCCUGCCGACAGACCAGCCUGGAUGCUGGCAUCCUGGUGACAUGGACAAAAGGCUUCAAGGCGACAGACUGUGAAGGAGAAGAUGUGGUGGGACUGCUGAGGGAGGCCAUUAAGAGGAGAGAGGAAUUUGACCUGGAUGUAGUGGCCGUAGUCAACGAUACAGUGGGAACCAUGAUGACUUGUGCCUACGAAGAACCCACCUGUGAGAUUGGACUGAUCGCUGGCACUGGCAGUAAUGCAUGUUACAUGGAGGAGAUGAGGAACAUUGAGAUGAUCGAGGGAGAUGAGGGACGGAUGUGUGUCAACAUGGAGUGGGGGGCUUUCGGAGACAACGGAUGCCUUGACGACAUCAGGACAGAGUACGACCGUGCUGUGGAUGACUUCUCGCUCAAUCCAGGCAAACAAAGAUAUGAGAAAAUGUGCAGCGGCAUGUACCUUGGUGAAAUUGUGCGAAACAUCCUCAUAGACAUGACCAGGAGAGGAUUCCUGUUCAGAGGGCAGAUUUCUGAGACACUGAAGACUAGAGGCAUCUUUGAAACAAAGUUCCUCUCACAGAUAGAGAGUGACAGAUUGGCUUUGCUGCAGGUCAGAUCCAUCCUGCAACACUUAGGACUGGACAGCAGCUGUGAUGAUAGUAUCAUAGUCAAAGAGGUAUGUGAAGCAGUGUCACGUCGUGCAGCUCAGAUUUGUGGGGCAGGAAUGGCGGCUGUGGUCGAUAAGAUCAGAGAGAACCGUGGACUGGACCAUCUCAACAUCACUGUGGGGGUGGAUGGGACACUCUACAAACUACAUCCACAUUUCUCUGGGAUCAUGCACCAAACAGUCAAUGAACUGGCUCCUCAGUGUAAUGUCAACUUCUUGCUGUCAGAGGAUGGCAGUGGGAAAGGAGCUGCACUCAUCACAGCCGUGGGCUGCCGGCUAAGACAAGAGCUGAACAAUAAAUAGUAAAUGUCUCUUCUGUCUCACUGUUAUCUCCCCACUUUUCUGGGUUCUCUCUCUACUCUUGUCUUUCACUAUUUGCUCACCCAUUGUCUCCUUUUCCUCCUAAAUCAAACCAGUCCAGUCAAUGCAUCACGCUCCAGUAGCUGCUUUAGUCUGUCUGCGUGACAGAAAAAGAAGGAGAUAGCUUUCUCUGCUGUGUGUAGUAGCAGAGAGUAAGGCACUAUCUUGUAGUUAGAUUUUUUGAUUAACCAUUGUAACAAUAGCCAAAUCCUUAAGGUCUUUGCAUUUUUUUGAUUUCCGAGGUUAAACUCAUCAUAGAGAUAAAACAUGCACACUCAACUCCUGAGAAAAUGUGCAGAGCAGAAAAAAACAAAGACUUCACACAGUGCUCCUAUGUCGCCAUUUGGAGGAUUCCUCUGAUAACUGAAGUCUGUUGCAAUACAACGAGCACAGCAGCUGCAGGGCCAUUUCAACAGAAAAUUGCAGUAUUAAAAACUUGAUCCUUGCAACAUGUUCAGUAGAGGCAGGGACAUAAAGAAACACACUGGUUCAGUCCAAAGUCACCAAAGUGUGUCUGCUGUAGGCUACUCAUUUAUUUUAAAAGGGAAUGAGGUGAUAUAUAUAUAUAUAAAUGUGUAAUGAGAUGAAUGGGAAUAUUUUUGUUUUAAGUUUUUAAUAUCUUACCCAGAUAUAAUACAAUAUGUUAUACAUACAUUGUUGCUAUUUAUUUUAUUUUUAUAUUGGGAGAUGUUGAAAAAUUUUGGCAUUGCAAUAAUAAUGCACACAGAGGAAGCCAUCGUCCAAAAUGCCCUCACAUGGUACCUGUGCUGUGUCACGUGCUCGCUGAAUGUGCACAUUUGUUCUAAUUUAAGACGGCAAUCUUAUUCUUCUCUAAUGUACUCUACUGUAAAAUAUGUCCAAAGAGCACUUGUAUUUUACUAAGUAGAAAUCCUGUUGGUACUGAUCACAGCUGCUGAUCAUUUGUUGUCGUCUUAAGAAGUGCUGACUUCCCUCAUCACCACAGUGAAGCUUACCAGUCACCUAGCAACAGCCAUGAAACAGUAAUGAGGUGCUAACAUAGAUGCCAGAAGAACAACAAUGGCCAAACUGUGUAUAAGAGGAAUGUAACAGUAGCUGAAACUUUAAGGGGAAUUUAAACUUUUUGGAAAUAAAGCUCCUUCCUACUUUCCACACUCCCUGUUCUCCAUGUGCUUCUAACGGCUCAGAAAGGUGUUUAAGUGAACUACUGUAUGGCUCCAGUCAAGUAGCACAAUUCUUACAAAUUCAAUAUUUAUUUUUCUCUUUAUUAAAAACAAAUAAUCAUAUUAAUGACUGCUACUUAUGAUACUCAUUGAAGGAUUUAUAUUUACAAAAGUUUAUUUGGUCACUCGGUUUUCUGAGAAAUUUUUAUUUAGGCUGGCCUUUUUUAAUCUCACAUAAAUAUAUUCUCGACUAUAAGAAGACAAAUGUUUUUAAUAUAUGAUAUAUGCAUUCUUACACUUGGUAUCCAGGACAGGCUAUCAUAAUCCAAUGGCAGUUGUAAUGCAAGGAUGGACCCUUGAGAUGUUACUAAAGAUUUUACUGCCAUCAUAGUGAACCACUGUUGAAAUUCUGGCUUGUGGGGACAAGUUCACACCAGUCCAACCUGAAGCCAAUACUGAGAACAAAUUACAGCCAUGAAAGUGCAAGCUAGUUGAAUUUCCAUUCCCGCCUACUGCCAAGAUAAAGAAGGCCAGCCGCUCCAGCAGGUCUUCAGCUACCCUGCCCUCAGAAGUCCGUCUAAAAGCCGUCCCCAUCACACAAAAACCUUAAUCUCUUUGCCUCUGUUCACGAAACCCAGACUGUAUCUGUCCAACACUGUCAAUCAACCAGGCACUAAAUAAAACCAAACCUGUGUCAA